AUGGAAUCCAUUCUAUUCAAGUGGUAUAGUGUAUAUAAAAGAGUGUUUAUUGAAGGAAAUGUUACAUUUCAUAACGUAGCACAAGUUGUAGCCUGGAGUUUAGUGAUUUGUAUGGUUAUAUACCUGAUUUGUCUCAUUCUGUACACAUUGAUGCAAGUAGUACUGAUUUACUUGAAUCUAAGGCAGAUUGAGAAGAAUAAGGAACGGAAGAUUGGAAAGAUGGGCAUAGGCGACAGAUUCACAGACAGCAAGCUACAACUUGAGAUCGACAGUAAUGUGCUGUGA